AUGAGUAAUAAUUAUAAAGCAGGUACGGCAAUAAAUGGUAAUGAUUAUUUAUUAUUAAAUAUUGAUGGAAAUAAAGAUUGUGAUACAGAUAAUGGAUUUUUUAGUGGUAAAAACUUUUUUGGAGGUAAUCAGACAUCAAUAACUCAUAGAAGACAUCAUAAAAUGACAACUAAAACCGAUAGAGAAUUGAUGAGUCAUUUUGAAAGUUUAGAUUUUAAUGCAAUCGAUAAUAUAAUUCAUAGGAAAUAUACAUUUGAAAAAAAGAAAUAUCAAAAAAUUUUAAAAACUUUAGGUAAAUGGGUAAUUUGUACUCUAAUUGGUGUCGUUGUUGGUUUAGUUUGUUAUUGUUUAAAAGAAUCUGUUGAUCAAUUACAAUCACUUAAAUUAACUCAAGUUAAAAAGUUUUAUUCAACAGAAUCAACAAUAUUUAUACCAUUUUUAGUUUAUUUAGGAUUUAAUUUAUGUUAUGGUUUAAUUAGUGGUUUAUUAGUUUGUAUAUUUGGACCAAUGUCAAGUUCAUCAGGUUUACCAGAAGUAAAAGGUUAUUUAAAUGGAAUAAGAAUUUCAAAAGCAUUCAAUUUGAAAACAGUAUUGGGUAAAUUGGUAUCAUUAAUAUUUUCAUUUUCAUCGGGAUUAGUAUUGGGACCAGAGGGACCAAUGUUUCAUAUUGGUGCAGGUAUUGGAUCAUCAAUGAGUCAAUUCAAAUCGAAAACAUUGAAAUUUCACUUGAAAUCAUUUUGGAUCUUUCAAAACGAUAGUGAUAAACGUGAUUUUAUAUCAUGUGGUGCUGCUGCUGGUAUUGCUGCAGCUUUUGGUGCACCAAUUGGUGGGGUUUUGUUUUGCUUGGAAGAGGGCUCAUCAUUUUGGUCUCGUCAGUUAACAUGGCGUACCUUUUUCUCCUGUCUAAUUGCAACCAUGACUGCAAAUUUGUUUUUACAAGGUUUCACUCAACAAAUUCAUGACUAUGGUGUAUUGACAUUUGGUGUUUCAAAAUCCUAUCUUUACACCUACACUGAGUUGAUACCAUUUAUGAUUAUGGGUAUUAUUGGUGGCUUAUUAGGUGCCAUUUUCGUACAUGUUAAUGUACGUGUCAAUCAUUGGAGAAAGAAAUUAUUUGCAAAUAAAUCAAAACUUUAUAAAAUGAUAGAAGUUUGUGUAAUUGUAAUAUUGUCAUCAGUAGUUUGUUUCUUUCCAGCUCUAUUAGCAGAUUGUAGACCCAUCAGUGGUAUAUCAGGAUUAACACCGGGUACAUGUGACCCAGGUGAUGAUUCUACACUGAUUUUAAAUCAAUUCAAUUGUGCCGAGGGUUAUUAUAAUCCAAUGGCAACAUUAACAUUAACAACCUUGGAGAAUUCUUUACAAAUUGUAUUCAGUAGAUCAACAAAUAUUUUCACAGCUCAAACACUUUUAACAUUUUCAAUAUUUUAUUAUGUUUUGACUAUUAUUACAAGUGGUUUAUAUGUUGCAAGUGGUAUUUUCAUUCCAAUGAUGUUAAUUGGUAGUUCUUGGGGUAGAUUAAUUGGUAUAUUUUUAUCAAAAUAUUUCACAUCGAUCGAUCCUUCAAUCUAUGCCCUAAUUGGUGCCGCUAGUAUGAUGGCUGGUUCAUUAAGAAUGACAAUUUCAUUGGUUGUUAUUAUCGUUGAACUUACAGAAACUACUCAAUAUCUUUUACCUGUAAUUUUAUCUGUAAUGGUUGGUAAAUGGUGUGGUGACAUUUUCAAUGAAAGUAUUUAUGAACAUUUAAUUGAAUUAAAACAUAUCCCUUACUUAAAUAGUCAACCACCAAAUCAUCUUAGAAAGAAAACCGUUGCUGAAGCAAUGUCAACUGAUGUAAAAACUUUACCUGAAAUUGUAAAAGUUAAAACAGCUUUAACAAUUUUAGAAACUUGUCCACAUAAUGGUUUUCCUGUUGUUAUGUUACCACAAUUACAUUCAAAUUCAAAUUUAAAUGAUUCAAAUCAAUUGUCUUUAUCAUUAAAUUUAAAUAAUAAUAAUAAUAAUAAUAAUAAUAAUAAUAAUAAUAAUAAUAAUAAUAAUAAUAAUAAUAAUAAUAAUAAUAAUAAUAAUAUAUUAUGUGGAUUAAUAUUAAGAAGUCAACUUUCAGUACUAUUAAGAAGAAAAAUAUUUAAUUCACCAGAAGAUUUAAAGAAUAUUGAUUUUAUAUCAGAUAAAGGUUAUAAUUUACCAAUUGAUCAUACAGAAUUUUCACAGGAAUUAGCAAGUAAAAUUCCACCAAUUCAUGAACUUAGUAAAUUAAUUACAAAGGAAGAUUUGGAUAUGUAUAUUGAUUUACGUCCAUAUAUGAAUUUUGCAGUUGUUUCUAUUAAAAACUAUAGUUCUUUAAGUGAAGCCUAUCAAAUUUUCCGUCAAGUUGGUUUAAGACAUAUGGUUGUAAUUAAUGUUUUCAAUAAUGUAGUUGGUAUGCUAACUCGUAAAGAUUUAUGUUAA